AUGUUAAAGUACAUAUAUUCAGUAAUAACCUGGGCACUUAUUGCCAACUCGGUGUCGGGAUUGUAUUUCCACAUUGGUGAAACGGAACGUAAAUGUUUCAUUGAAGAAAUUCCCGAUGAAACCACAGUUUUAGUUCAUUACAAAGUUGAAUUAUUCGACCCCAGAAGUGGAGGUUACAUGCCAAGCAGCCCAGGCAUUGGCAUGCAUGUCGAAGUACGUGAUCCAGAUGACAAAAUUAUUCUGUCAAGAGUGUACAGUUCUGAAGGACGGAUAUCCUUCACUUCACAAACUCCUGGUGAACAUGUCAUUUGUUUGUACAGUAACAGUACUGCAUGGUUCAGUGGUACACAGCUGAGAGUACAUUUGGAUAUUCAAGUUGGAGAUCACGCUAUCGAUUACGCCAACUUGGCGCAGAAAGAAAAAUUAUCUAAAUUGCAAUUAAGAAUAAGACAAUUGUUGGAUCAAGUUGAGCAGAUAACUAAAGAACAAAACUACCAACGGUACCGCGAGGAAAGAUUCAGACAAACGUCUGAGAGUACAAACAGCCGGGUCUUGUGGUGGUCUAUCACUCAAACAGUUAUCCUUCUGGUUAUGGGUGCAUGGCAAAUGAGACAUCUCAAGAGUUUCUUCGAAGCCAAAAAACUUGUUUAG